AUCUUUAUGUGUCGUGGAAGGGGGGAGGAUCGUGGCAAGGGGUGGGUUGGAGGAAGAACUUGCACCACUGCGAUACCCAUGUGAUUCGGAAUCCCAUCAAACAAGUUUUAACGAGGGCAGAACACUCUUCGCUAAGUAGGCUCAGGUUCAGACACUUACUGGCUCACGUAUGGCAAUUUAUCCCCUGAGGUAGGUGGGUGGGGAUGCCGUCAUGGGUAUGCAAUAGGAGAAUUCGCCCUUGACUAUAAUCACUGAAGCGCUGGCCUUCAGGAGAACGAUGACUGAGCACCUUAGAUGUCACGUGGUGCGAGCAAUGUGAUGCGCGAUUUCGCCUCCUUGUAACUGGCGUCGUGUGCUUAUUCUCACCAAAAUAAUCCGAUCCGCAAAAUAAGUCAAUUUAAAAACCCAAAGAAGAAAACAACAACAAAAACAAAUUUGAGGUUGUUUUGCUUUAUUAAUUACGAAGAUGAAGGACAGCGUUCGGAUCCAGAAAGAGCAUGACAUGACUACAUAGUUCUGAGUUAUGAAUGAAGAAAUAAUGUCAACAUACCGAGAGUCGUCUUUGUGAUCCAAGAGUGUAUGUCACAUCCUAGAGUUCACAUCAGUGAUGGACAACGCUCUCGGCAUUGGAGACAUCGUCUGCCUUUAUUCAGAGGAGACCCUGGGUUUCGUAUACUCAACCCAAACAAGUUCAUAUCACAAUGGUCUGGCUGUGGGGUCCAGAGAAGACAGACGUCGGCCGAGUGUUGCUGACCAAUACACCAUUGCAUUCGAGAUCUGCACACCCAAUAGAUACAAACUCAGCAAGCAGUACCGAAAGCUGAAGACACAGCUUCUAACGGACCCUGACAACAGUCGUCUGAAAAAUGCAGCCUCUCACUCAAAGAUGGCGGCAGAAUCCGAAAAAGAAGACAACGAAAUGGAACAGAAGAAAAACCAGGGGAAAAAAGUUCUGUAUGGACAAAUUGUGCAGCUGCGGCAUUUGUUCACAAACAAGUACAUUCACAUCAGCACAACGAAGACAUCUUACAGAGAGGGUAACAACAUGGCUGUGGAACUUCAUUCCCAUAAUUCCAAGCAAGCUUAUUUCCGGAUCAUGCCCAGGUACAAAGUCAAGGCAGAGGGAGACACAGUACAAGCGGAGGAUCAUGUUGUUCUGGAAAGUAUCAAGUCGCAGGGCCAGUUCCUCCAUGUCAGCCGCAUGCAGCUUGGCUCUCAGUCUGUCUACUCCCACAGCUUUGAACUCAACUUGUCUGUACUGCAGUCAGGAUUUACACUGUACCGGAAAUACAAGCCAUCUUCUGACGACAGCCUGAAAGUUAAGGCAGGUGACCCGAUACGGUUCUUCCACAAGGAGAUGGAGGCGUAUCUGGUGGCUGAAGGUCUGUUUGAUGACGAACUUACUGAGGAUGUUCAUCUGCGUUUGCGCCCUGUUGACCAGAGCAACCCAAGGACGAGAGUACCCAGCAGCUCAGCGAUCACCUACUGGCAGGUGGAACUGCAAGAGGGACCUGUGGCAGGUGGCGUGUUGAAGUGGGAGCAACAGUGUCGAAUUAUUCACAUGUGCACCAGACGAUACCUUGCGGUCAACAGGAGAGGGGAAGUCACUCUAGAAGCAGACGGUAGAAACCCUUCCACCGUUUUCCGCUUGCACGCUGUCACCAAGGAGACUGAUGACGUUUUGUUCGAAAGCUACGCGCGCAUCAAACACGUUGUCACGGGCUCCUGGCUGCACGCGCUGACAGAUGAGUAUGUUCGCCGGCAGGGUGUGCAGGUCACUGACGACCCGAACUCCAUGGCAGGGCUGCAGUACACCACAGCUCACCUGAAAAAGGUGACGGCUUUCGAUGAGAAACACUACGACGACGCCUUCACCAUCCAGCAUGUCGACUCCAGGCUGGUGGACAUCUUUCACUACAUGGCUGGCAUGGUGCCUUUCUUGCAGAAGCUGGUCAGAGAUAAGCAGCUCGGUGAUGUGCUCAAUGCCAAAGUUGCAUAUACAGCUAUUGCAUCAAUGAAAGAAAUGAAAGACUUCAUGAUUGACCAGAAUGUCGCCAGCAAGGAUCGCCAGAAGCUCCUGAGAAACCUCAGGGUGGUGGAGCUGCUGGUGUCCCUAUUGCAGGUACCCUACAUCGACACCCCAGAUCAACAGUACCUGACCAACAUAUUUGUGGAAGCCUACAAUGUGCUGUGUACUCAGCUCAUCGGCAACAGCCGCAAGAACGAACUGUACAUCGCCAAACACAUCGACGUCUUCCUCACUCAGUUUGAAUACAAGGCGAUUGGAGUCUACGCAGCGCAGAUGGUCAUGGAGCUGAUUCGCGAUAACCGGAAGAUCCUGGAUCGUAUCUCGCAUGCUCACAUCGACACGUUCGUGGGUUUUCUUCAGCGAGAGAAGAACUACCGGUACCUGGAGCUUCUGAGCGUGCUGUGCAUCUGCGAUGGUGUCUCCAUCGUCGACAACCAGAACUACAUCACACGGACGUGGCUGGCCAGAGGUAGCAAGGACUGCGUGUAUCUGACGGAGUUUGGAGACAAGAUUGGACUGUCUCCUGAUGUCGUCUUUGUUUCCAUGGACAAUGGAAGAAACUGGCAGGAACUCCGAACGUUCGCACAUGGUCGCUCUCAUGAAGACGAGGAUUAUCUAUUCUUGGAGAAGCAGCUGGAACUGUUUGGAAUGUUGUGUCACGGCCAAAACGAGUUCGCUAUCAAGGUGAUCACCCAGGACCUGAGCUACCUCAGCUGGAAGGAGGCAUUCACCUGCCUGGCGGACACACAUCUUCCUGAGAGACUGCGUUCGAAAUACUGCGACCUCAUUAUCACUCUCUUUGUGGAUGUCACCGAAGGUGUCUCUGCGAUGGAUCGAGUGCAGUUAUCCUAUGUUUACUCAGACAUCACAGCACGCGAGCAGCAGCAGCAAGAUGACAAUGACAACGACGAAGAGGAUGACAAGGGCAGGUCACUCAAGUCUCAGUACUUCCGGCCUCUUCGCGACUGGAUCUCGACUUUCCUGGUCUCCAACGAUGACAUGACGGCUUCACUGGUCGGCAACAACAUGCUCGUGCAACAGGUUCUGCGCCUCGUGCUGUGCUUAGUCAGGCGAGGCUGCUUCGCGAAGCCACGUGACCUGGACAUGCUGCUCAAGCCGCUUAUGGGGCUACUGGACGGACGUAACGACAGGCCCUACCCUAGGGCUGAUGAUGACGUCCUGGAGCGUUACCGCAGUACAGGAAGAUUUCAGAAAAAUGUGGAAACAAAAUUCAUCGUGGAUGCAAAACUACAGGCACUUGAGGUGCUGGAGCUGCUGUUCAACUACACCUUCAAUCUGCGGAUGAUUAAAUUCAUGAGGCUGUUCAGAGAGGUGUCGGAACAAAAGGUGGCAGUGAGGUUGCAUUCAGGCCACCAGCACACUCCUUCUGUCCAUCCCUUUCUGGAAAAGACUUUUGUUGUGAAAGGAAAUCAAGGAAUCUGCCAGGCAGCUGUGAAGCAGCUUCAAGACAUAUUUGAUCAGACUGACAUGUUUGUUGACUGUGAAAUCGUCGACACCUUGCUGGAUCUGGCGCACUAUGACUACGAUGAGAUGGUGUCCAAGUCCUUGCACCUGCUCAACAGAUAUUUCUCCGCCUAUCGGGCUCUCUUCAACUGCACCAUUCAAGCACAGGUUUUACUUACAGACAGUUCGGUUCAAGUCAGUAGGCAGCUUGAGAAGCUGAUGCCCAGUUUUCGCCGCUUGUCAACAGCAAAACUCAGCAGGGACAAGGCAGAGGAACUUGUCAGCAUUCUCAACCACUUGAUCAGCAUGUGUCACUUGGAAGGAGAGAUGGACGAACCCCAUGCCAUAAACCAGAAUAUCCUGUACAAUAAUGGAGUUCUUGAAGACGCAUUUACAAUUUUGAACCAGAACACUGAUGUGGAACAGCUGGGUGAGCAUGAUGAGUUCCACCUGGUGAUUCAGAAGACCCUCACACUUCUUCGCUUUCUGGCGAGAGGAAACAGGACCAUCCAAAGCCGACUGUUUGAUCGCAUGAACCUCCUCCUGUCCACAGAGGGAUUGUGGGCGGAGUCAGCUCAGUGCUUGACUGAGGUGUUUGCGGGUAACACAGACGCCUGCACAAAAGUGACCAGUCAGCAGAUUCACAGGGUCGUGACCCUGGCUGCUCAGCACCGUGACCACGCCCCCCAGCUGCUGGACCUGCUGGCGUCCGUCGUCAAAGUGCAGGAGCUGCAGCUGCCAGUCAAGCGGAACCAGGGCCUCGUGAUGACGUACUUCCUGCAGUAUCGCGCAGACCUCGCGGCCAUCUUGGACCAGCCGCCAGAUGUCAGGGAAUCAAUUCUAACAUCACAAGAUUCAAAGCAACUUCAUUACUUUCUUGCGAUGGUGGAUCUGUUGGCGAGUUGUGCCGAGGGAGAUAACCAGUACAUCGCCUCCAUCUGCCAGACGAUUUUCAGCAUCCCCGAGCUUCUGAGGGUGCUGAACAACCCCGCAAUCAGGAACAGUUCCAAGCGACCUUUCCUGAGGUUCCUGCUGUGUGUCUACCUGAGUUCAGCGGGGGGCGCGGUUGAGAGCGGAGCGGGGGAUUUCUCUCAAGACAGGCGGCUGUGGCAGUACCUGGAAGCUGUCACGAUUGAGCUUCGACGAGUGACUAGCGUGGUUUCAGCCUCACCUCACCUGGCGGCACGACUCCUGAGAAGACCUGGAGGAAGAUGCGAAACAACAUCGCUACCCGAGGAGGAACUCUGGGGUACAUUGGAUUAUGUCUUCAGCGCUGUCAUGCCUUUUCUUCAGGUCUUCUGUCGCACCUACUACCGACCUGAUCCUGAAGGUUUCCCAGAGGGACACAGGAAACUCUCGUCACUGACUUUGACCUUUGAGAGACAACAUUAUUCUUCUUUUGUCUUUUCUUCUGAAGAGUUUCGCCGAAAGUGUGGGACCCUGGUUACCAUGGAAGCACACCUGAAAAAUCUUAUUUCAACCUUGACAUUCCUCGUCUCCGCAUCGAAGGCUGUUCCAGUUUCUAAAUUAAGAGCUUUAUUCCAACGGUUUGUGAAGACACCUGACACACAAGAUGUCGCCAGUGACGCAGUCAAGGCUUACAGACGGUUAUACAAGGAGGAAGAAGAACUGAACACCAACCUGAAAACAUUCGCAGUGAACAUGCAGGCGGCGUAUGGCGGACUGAACACAGUGCGGGUACAGACCGGGUACCCCAGCGACAACAGUUACUCGGAGGUAGGGGGAGAUGAGGAGCUGCCGCUGGGCCAGGAGUUCCAGGACCACCUCAAGGUGUUUGUGGAGGACCGAGUGGCUGACGGCGGUCUGCACUACUCCAGAGCUGGCAGGCUUGUCAGACAGCUGCAGAUCAUGCACAGUACCAAAGGUAUGUCAGAAGAUCAGAAGAAAGACCAGCUGGACUUGGACAUGAAGUGUCUCCAGCUACUCAGGGGCCUCAUCCACACCUUCAUCGUGCGCUUGCCACCAGGGUGGGAGCACAGUCCGGAGGAAAACGCCAAACACUUGAGAGCAAUCAGCAAUGCACAGACAUCACUCGUUUCCCAUGGGGUGGUCACUAGUGUGCUGGGUCACCUCGGGCGGCCGGAGGACUGCAUCGUGCGGGAGGUACUCGCAUUCCUCGCAGCUUUGUUAUUCAACGGCAACGAAGAUGUGCAACCUGGCUUUCAUCUGACCAUGCUGCCCCUGAGGAAAGCUCAUGGAGGUCUUGGAGACAUGUCUAUUCCUACGGGUGGCACCAAAGCUCCACCCUGGGUCAGCAAGGUGGCGCUGCCUGCUCCACCCAGUCAUGCACUCGUGGGUCGAGAGACUCGUUUGCAAGCAAAAUCGCACACAGGUGCUGCUGUCACGUGGUCGCAACAUCAACAAGAGCUGCCUCAAGUCCUGAUGUCGACUGGUAUUGAAGCUGACUUUCAGUUUAAAGACGAGGGCUACAUAGAGCUGGUGCUAAGGGUCUUGGGUCUCAUGUGUGACAACCAGUACAGGGACCUGCAGGAUUAUCUCCGGGAGCAGCCUGGCAACAUCAACACCAUCAACCUGGUGGCCGAAACAACCAUCUAUCUCAACGUCAUCUACGUCAGCAUCGACGAUAAGAGCGCCCCCCUCGUCACACAACUCAUCAACACGCUGGUGGAGUUCUCGUCCGGAAGCUUCCAGAACCAAGCCAUUGUGCUUGAAAACAAGAUUUGCGAAUAUCUGAACUACAUCCUGCGCCUCACGGACUUUAAGAACUGUACCAUGGAUCAGGUAUAUGAUUUAAAAAUGUCUAUCGCUGUCUUGAUUCGGUCUCUGACGGAAGAAAACCCACCGCGACAGGAUGAAUCCUCGGAUCAGACAAGUUCAACAAUCAAGAGGACAACUCACAUGGAGGUGUUGCAGAGCAUGGACGGUGGUGUACUACUGGCCGCAAUGUCACAGGCAUACCAGGACUGUAAUAGAAAGGGUCACGAGGCAGAGAUACAAGAGACGGGCUUUGCCUAUUUCCACAUUCUUUGCCGGAAGAUGGAUCUUGACCACAGGUGCACUAAAGAAGGUCUGGUCAAAACUUCAGAAGAUGCUGCUGCAUGGGAAUUCUUUGCCAGCAAUACUUUGUCCAUUGAAAUUGUAAAGAAUGAUGUGCUACAAAAAGUUUACUUCCAGGUUAAAGACAAGAACGUUCUGCGACAAGAGAUCAAAGAGAAGUUCAAGUACGACGUCGAUCGCUCGUCUCCUAGCAACAAACUCCGCGAGUUCAUGGACUGGUCGGUGGACAUCAUCAACGACAUCAAAUACCAACGACGGAUCCACGCCAACCCCCUGGCGCGCCUUCUUAUCCAGAUGAAGUGGUGGUGGAAUGCUACGGUGUUGCUGUUGUCGCUGGCCCUGUGUCUUAUCGUCUUCAUCACCUGGAAGGCUCCAGAGAGUUCUGCAGACCCAACCCCGGACAUGUCUGAUUGGCCAGGAGCGCAGUACCUCAUCUACAUAUUGGGAGCGGCACAUAUUCUAUUGUCCCUGUUGGUUGUCGGGAGCUACUUCUUGUCAAACAAACCAACAUUUCCUCACCUGGCUGACAUCAUACCCAGUCUCUCAAACCGAGACUCCGGAAAACCAAAAGUUUUGUCAGGACCUGCUGGCAACACAAAGACACCCGAUAUAAAACGAAAAUCUUACCUGGAGGUUAAAUUCUUCAGUUUUAUGACCUUCUACUAUCUGGCGUUCCUCGCGUGUUCCGUCCUCGGCACGGUCUUCUACGCCUACUUCUUCUCCUUUCAUCUGCUGCACGUGGUGCUGAUGAACCAGAUGCUAAGCAGAGUCAUCCAGGCCGUUACCCGCAACGGCUUGUCGCUGGUUCUGGUGGCUAUUUUGGGCCUCGUUUUCAUCUUCAUGUUUUCGCUCGUCUCCUUUGCGUUCCUUCGCGACUUGCUGGACGAUGGCAACGGCAGGCAGUGCCGCACAGCAUACGAGUGCUUCGUCACAGUCUUGCACCACGGACUUGUGGCGGGCAUGUACACAACAUUUGAGCAGCAGCUGACCGGUCUCAGCUUCCCACACACCCUCGCAGUCGCAACGUUUGAUGUUGUCUUCUUCAUUAUCAUCAGCACCAUUGGCCUCAACAUGAUCUUCGGCAUCAUCGUUGAUACGUUUGCUGAGCUGAGGGAUGCAAAGUGGCAGACGGACCAAGACAUGCAGAAUCGCUGCUUUAUCUGCAGUUGUGAGAGUUACGACUUCGAGCGACAGGCGGUGGGAUUUGAGAAACACGUGAAGGAAGAACACAACCAAUGGGCAUACCUGUUCUUUUUUAUUCACCUGGACGAAACGCAUCCUAAUGAUUAUUCCGCCUUGGAGCUGCAUGUAUAUCGACUGUGGAAAAAGAGGAGUAGCGACUUUUUCCCCUUGAAUCGUGCGAUGAGCCUCAAGACGGAGGAGGACAGUCACAAGGGGAAGCUGGAGGCCCUGAUGACACAAGUCGAGUUUUUGGUCGGCAAGAUCAAAGAAGAGGAAACGGCCAAAGCAAAACAAAAGGAAAAGAAGAGACAGAAGGAAUGGAAGUCGAAGCAUAAAAUGGAAUCGGGUGAAUAGAUAGACACAAAGACGCAGUUUAUUACUUCCUGUUUUUCAUCACUUGCUGUGAAGAUAGAAGAAAGAAACAUUGAUGUGAUGAAAUGAGAAGAAUGAAUACAGGGAUCAAAUUCAGAGACUUUUGACAAGUGCAAACAAAUUGAUUAUCUUUCAGCUGUUGGAUAUUUUCUGGAAAAUUAUCUUCAGAUCCGAAUAAGAUUUGUGUCCAACUGAUGUUUCAUUAUUAUUGUGUUUGUAUCUUUUUUUUUCUUUCUAUAAAGUGCACCGGUAUUUUGAGAAGCUGCUGAUAUUCUAUUCUUUUGUAUUCUAGGAUUUUUAUGAAUUACCUCUGUAAUUAAAUUAAUUAACCGAAAGGAACGAUUAGCAAAGGCAGGAAGUACAGUUUGCUAUUUAUGAACGAACUUGUUGCCAUUCUUAGCGAAGAGGUUCUUGAAGAACUGUGAAAUUUUGUACAGAAAUCUUUACCGUUU